AAUUGUCCAUGGUGGUGAAAUGAUGAGCAUCCCUUGUAGAGGUGGUGCCUUUGGAGGGGGUAGGAACCGCCCCGCCCCUUAGAGGAACCGCCACUUGCGAUAUUGCUUCCUGCCAUUCCUGCCGGCGCUUCGUGUUCCGCAGGAGCUGCACUACACUUCCUGUCAACACUGUCUUCCUGAUCUAUCAUUGACUGAUCGCUGCCAUUGCAACUGGUAGCAAUUGUAACGAUGUGUUAAUUAGUGUUUUUGGAGGGCGAUUUUUUUGCGGUUUAUGGCAGUUGCGUGUUACAUGAUAGUUGAUUAUUUAACUUUAGUGUUAAGCCGAUUCUGGUUACAAGGAAAAAGUGCCCCCUUCGACGCAAAAUGUACGAAAGCUCGUGCUCGUACCAGGGAGCUUUGGAAUUGAAACGAAGCUCAGGAAGCACGUGCCCGCUGGGAAUCAAGACUGAAGAAUUUGGAACGGCCGAUUGGCCGGCUUAUAGAUUUUGCAAUCCGAGCACUUUUGAACAGCUUAAGCAAAGUGUCGAAAAAGCGAAAGCUGCCUUACAGGACAGAAGUGGCUUUCUAGGGACGGGGAGUGCUUUCAGUGAUUUGUACAGUGGAGUCUCAACGGGAAGAUCGCAGGAAAAUUUGCAGGAUAAUGGCAGAAUAAGAGAAGGGAGCGAUAACGACACCAAGAGGAUAACUCAAGGUCUCGAACGCUCGGAAAAAUCUUCCCAUGGUCACCUCUCCUCCCCCAAGACCUACAACAGCAUUUCGGAGACGCUCCGAACGAAAUGUGAUACGUCAUACAAGGGAUCAUGGAGCUCACAUGCCACCUCACAGUCACAAGGCUAUGGAUCGAAUACGUUGACUGGAAUGACAAAGGCGAGUCUAGAUCCACAUGGACAUCUUAGGCAGCCAGAUCCGUAUCAGAUGUUUGGCCCCACUAGCAGUCGUUUAGCGAGUUCAGGUUCAGGUCAAAUCCAACUGUGGCAAUUCCUCCUUGAAUUACUAAGCGAUUCCUCAAACGCCGCCUGUAUAACAUGGGAAGGAACGAACGGUGAAUUCAAACUAACCGAUCCCGAUGAAGUGGCACGUAGAUGGGGCGAAAGGAAAUCAAAACCUAACAUGAAUUACGAUAAAUUAUCUAGGGCGUUAAGAUAUUACUACGAUAAAAACAUCAUGACAAAAGUGCACGGUAAAAGGUAUGCCUAUAAAUUCGAUUUUCAAGGAUUAGCAGCUGCUACACAACCGGCAACGAGUGACCCCAGCAGCUACAAAUACCAAAGCGAGCUUUUCAUGAGUUCCUAUCAUCACAGCGCAAAGCUUGGAAGUUUUAUGAGUCCGCAUGCUGUUGUGCCAAGUUCAGCAGGUUCAAUUUUUCCAUCACCUGGCUCGUACUGGAGCAACCCCAGCGCCAACCUCUACUCAAACAUCGCCGCCAGUACGCACUCAAUCAGCCACCAUGCGGGCCCCCAUUUGGGGGCACCUCCUCUGGGUUCAUACCCCCAUUACGCAUGACCUGCUACGACCUCAUCGCCUGGGCCAGACUGGACCAGAAAAAUACCCAUGUAAGUGUCCCUGGAGAUGAGCCGCGCAAAACAGUAUUUUAAAACAACAACAACAACACGAUGAAAGUGAAACACAUUUGCAAUUGCCAAUAGAGAAAAAUGUAGAAGACUGGUCAAAAAAAUAUUUUUUUUGUUGGUGCAAUUUUGUCCGAUUCUAGUCGCAUCCAAACAAAUAACACACUGUCUAAGUGUUGUAUAGGUAAAAAGUGUUAGGUUAACGCCAGUGCAAUGUUUUAAAUGUAUAUAAGUAGAAAAUUUGAAAUGUGUAAAAAAACACAAACCGCAAUCGCGGCGACUGUGAUAAGAUUUUACGUGUUUUAAAUCAUUCCAAAAUCAUCUUGGCCUUGGCCUUAUGGUGAAUUUCCUACGUUCCUCUCUCAUUUAAUCAUUUAAGUUAUUUUCACGCCCAAUUUUAUUUCGCAUAACUGUACAUAGUUCUGUAUAUUCAACUAGUCGAUAAGUAACUGUUGUCUAAGGCUUGAUAGAGGAAGAAAUUAGUCAUUAGAAGAGGACGAGAAAUAUCAUAGAUGUACUAGUCAUACCUAAAUGUCAACCAUUUUGUUAAGGAGCCACCACCAAAUGGCUGCCACAAUCUUAAAAAAAGUGUAUAAAUGUUAUGUAUUUAUUAUACAAAAUAUAGUGGAAAAAACCCUUC